AUGUCCGCAGCCAAAGUCAAGGCUCAGAACAUUAUCAAUGAGAACCCUGUUGUGGUGUUCUCCAAAUCCUACUGCCCCUACUGCAAAGCCACCAAGGCGACGCUGAGCGGGUUGGGCGCGCAGUACUACGCGUUGGAGUUGGAUCAGAUCGACGACGGCCCCGCCAUCCAAGACGCUCUGGAAGAACUCACCUCGCAGCGCUCCGUGCCCAACAUCUUCAUCAACAAGCAGCAUAUUGGCGGAAACUCGGAUUUGCAGGCUCGGAAGGAGGAGCUGCCGCAGUUGUUGAAGGAGGCUGGGGUGAUGAUACUGGGGAGGUUAGUUUGGGAUAAUAAUGGGGAUGGAUAUAACAAGAAAUAA